UCGGUUCACGAGUACACGAGUUGCAUCCUGCAGGAUGGACAAAAGAAUGAAUCCGGUUUCAAUCAAACGCGUUUUAAUCAGUGAAAGUGUGGAUCCGUGCUGCAAAAGGAUCCUGCAGGAGAACGACAUUCAGGUGACUGAGAGACACAAUCUGAGCAAUGAUGAACUGAUUACACAGAUGAAGGAUUUUGAUGGUCUCGUCGUCCGAUCAGCCACUAAGGUGAAUGCUGACAUCAUCAACGCGGCGGGCAGCAGCCUGAAGCUGAUUGGUCGAGCUGGAACGGGCGUGGAUAACGUGGAUGUCAAUGCGGCUACCAAGAAGGGCAUAAUUGUCAUGAACACUCCAAGUGGCAACACCAUCAGUGCUGCUGAACUGACCUGUGCUCUGAUAAUAAGUUUAUCAAGACACGUCCCACAAGCUGUCAUGUCAAUGAAGGCAGGAAACUGGGAUCGUAAAAAGUUCAUGGGUGCAGAGUUGUUUGGCAAAACCCUUGGAAUAGUUGGACUUGGAAGAAUUGGAAAAGAAGUGGCAACGAGGAUGCAAUCUUUUGGCAUGAAGACCAUUGGGUAUGACCCGAUCACUCCUCCCGAGGUGGCGAAGAGCUGGGGUGUGGAGCCCAUGUCUCUGGAGGAACUCUGGCCCCAGUGUGAUUAUAUUACUGUGCACACCCCCCUCAUGCCCUCCACUACAGGUUUACUGAAUGAUGCCACUUUUGCUAAGUGUAAGAAAGGCGUGAAGGUGGUGAAUUGUGCCCGUGGAGGCAUCAUUGACGAGGCUGCUUUAUUAAGAGCGCUGGAAUCCGGUCAGUGUGGAGGAGCAGGUCUGGAUGUGUUCGUGGAGGAACCACCCACAGACCGGGCUCUAGUAAAUCACCCCAACGUGAUCAGCUGCCCUCAUCUAGGAGCCAGCACAAAAGAAGCCCAGGCUCGGUGUGGUCAGGACAUCGCACUGCAGAUUGUGGACAUGGUCAAAGGAAAAGCAUUAGUGGGAGCUGUAAAUGCACAGGUUUUGUCCAGCAGCUUUUCCCCCGAGUCGCAGGACUGGAUGAAGCUGGGUGAAGCCAUGGGCCGUGUGCUGAGGGCCUGCAUCUCCUCGACGUCAACUCUCGAUCACAUCUCUGUCACCACUCAAGGAGAGUGCUUAAAGAAAUCAGUGGGGUUCCUGAGCUCAGCAGCUGUGGUUGGAUUAAUGUCUGGAGGUACUGAGAAUGGCAUUAACCUGGUCAAUGCACUUCCUCUAGCUGAAGAGACUGGAAUCAUAAUAAAACGAGCUCACAGUGAUGUGAGUGAAGCUGGUGCAGCGUGUGUGGUGGAGGUCACUGUGAACGGCAGCGUUUAUAAAGCCACCGGUACAUUGCAGGCUGCAGCUCCCGUCCUCUUGGAGCUCAAUAGCUGUAAGUUCAGGCAGCCAGUUCCUCUUACUGGAAACCUGCUGUUCUUCAGAGCUGCUGCUUCACCUCAGCUUCUGUCCACAGUCACUGGUGUUCUGGCAGCAGCAGGGGCUGAGAUGGAUCAUUUAAGUGCCUCCGCUGUGUCUGAUGGUGAUCAGUGGUUUUGUGUGGGGCUUUCGUCUCCGGUGGAAGAUCUCAGCUCUCUGAUGGCUGUAGUGAAAGAGGCAGCACAGCUGACCGUAUGAAUUCCUGCCAACUUUAUGUUGGUGGCACUUACAAAGCAUUUCAUUGUCUAACAUGACUGAAUAGCUGAAUACUUGUUUGUUUUUGCCUUUUUAAGGUUUUUCCAUCCUGCACUUAUUAAAGAAAUAAUUUGGCCCAUGUUUCCAAACGUGACACUUUUUUUUUUACAAUAAGCAAAACCUAACACCCCAGUAUUGUCUGCUGUCUUAAGUCUGUUUGCUUUUUUAGCCUCAGAGCCCUGAGCCUAUAGAUAAAUGAAGCAGCUGCCAACUUGGUGUGAAACAAGUAUCGGCUUGUUGAGUGCAUCUGUAGUGAGCAGAACACUCAGUUAAAUUUAAACCCUUUGUGAAAUAUUCCUUUAAAGAGCAGGUGGAGCCUUUAAACUACUCAUUUGUGGGACUAAAAAUGACCAAAUUCAAUUCAAUUGUCUACAUAUUUGAAUUUGCUUUGUGAAGCCUAACAAAGCACAGUUAAGCACUAGCUAGCUUUGGUCUGUAAAGGCUAUUGGACUAACGGCUAUCACUGUGGUGAUUUAUUACCGAUACAAUAACAUGUUUUCUAACAUAAAAAGAUUUAACGUUACACUGUAUGGAAAGUUCUUUUGUAUGUUAGACAUGUGGACUGUAAUAAAAAACUAUAGAAAUAAAAAAAAGAAGCUGUGCGCUCAAGGUGUGCUAAUUGUAAACAUAAACUUGAUUAUAUUUUCCUGGAUGAGUUUUUUUUUUCUGUUUUAUUUAUGCAUUUUCUCCCAUUUUUCUCCUGAUUUAGCGUAGUCAAUUUGUCUUCCGCUGCUAGGGAUCCCCGAUUGCAUUCGAGGAGGGUAUAUUUCCUGCUCAUGCCUCCUCUGACCCGUGCACAGACCUUAGCGAACCCUUUUUUUUCACCCAUGCACUCUGCACAGGUGCCUGCUAAUCUGCUAAUCAGGGUCCUUGCACAGCGUUAGAAGACCCCACCCACAUAGUCCAGUCAUCCCGCCCUAGCCCAUUAUUGUCUGCUGUAGGCACUGCCAAUUAUACCAGGGUGUUCAGAAUCUCAGCGCUGGUGUGCUUGCGAAAUAUCCCACUUAGGCACUGGCUUUUAUGUUCUUUAAUAACUGACAUGAAG